UAUUUUUGACCGACUUCUGUACCGAACACGAUAUUCAAACGGCGAUCUCGUUCAAACAACACAUUGUGCCCACGGAAUAACUAAAAUGGCUUUGACUCAACGUGCACUGACCACAUGGGCUUCAAUGGUGAUAUUCUUGGUGCUGCUCACCAUACAGCUACAGACCAAACAAAAACAGAGCUGGUACCUGAUAUUCAUGCCGAUUUGGUUGGACGACGCGCUAACGGCUCUGUUCAUAAUAUGCUCUUGCGUGCACAGCAAUUCGUGUCAGUCGAUGACUGAGAUGCCGGUGUUUUGCGGUAGUCGAAGGUGCAUAAUAUUUGUCAUAUGCCUGAUGAAGAUCAUCGCCCAAUUCACGCUUUGUUAUAAGCUGGAGAAUCAAAACCCCCAAUUGCCAAUAUACUACGUGUUUAUGCCCAUCUGGACGCUCAUCGUUUACCUAAUAAUCAUCGUGAUACCGCCCCUCGUCAGACUUUACAAAGACUAAUUGAAUUACUUAAUAUUUUUGUACAUAAGUGAUUAAUAUUGUCAUUAUAAAAAUAUAAUAAUAUAAUCUGUAAAUCCUUAAUAAUGCAAGUGAUGCAACAAGACUGUGGCUAUACCUAUUAUAAUAAUAUAAUUUUUUAUGUUUUUUUUUAAUUUUUUUUUAAUGAUAUUAUUGUAUAGGUAGGCAAUUGUUAAAUUUGAGUCUAUUUUUAUGUAUCCAAAUAUAGAUACAGUAAAUGUUUCGAUUUAAUGUAAAUGUUCAAUUAUUAUUKUGCUUUUUUAUUUAUACGAAUAAAGUUUACAAAUUUGCGCGAAGCUAUAAAAUAUUUCAUAGCCAUUGUAUAGCAGCUUAGAUUACUGCAAAAUGUAUGUAAUAUGUAGGUAUAUUAAUAUAAGGUAUUUGUAAUAAACAUUUGGUUUCAUACAAUUUUAUAAAAACAUUUUUUCUUCAAUUUACAAAUAAUUUUAUUAAAUAAUAAUUAUAUCUAAGUAGUUAUUGUAACAAAUACAUUGGUUUUUAAGAAGAUAAAUUACACAAACAAAAAGGUUACCCAACAUUGUGCAAUUAUAAUUUUAUAGUAGGUACUGCCAUAAUAGUAGUCAUCCAAUUAAACGUUAAUAAAUGUGUGAACUAAAACAAUAUUAUAAUUUAUAGGUAGAUUGUAUAGCAUGUAUAUAGGCACGCAAUAAAACAAAAUCAUUAUGCACUAAAGAGAUCCGAAAAAUUAAGCAAAAGUACAAAUUGAACGGAAUUGAUAGAUUGUAACGGUACCUAUUAUUGCACAACUUGAAUUGAGCGUGGUACCUACACAUAUUAUAGGUAGGUUAAUUAUUAUGCCGUCCUUAUGUAUUCGGGCGACAACGCAAUGUUGGGUAUGGAAAGUACGAGUUUUUCGUAUUUAUUUUUCUUCUUUUUCUAUCGUUUUAAGUAUUAUCAUUUGUGUGUAUGCGCAGGGUCGGAGUGAAAAGGGG